AUGCAAUCAGAGUACGUUCAAGAGAGACUAGCGUCUUUGAAUAAGGUGGAUGAUAAACUAUGUUCUCUGUUGAAAGAGGUAUCGCAAAUGGUUUACACAUUUUCUGAACUGAAAAGAGGUAAUGAGACAUUGAAACCGAAUUUUAAUGAACAUAUUAAAGAGUUUUUUGAUACUCUUGAUUCUGCUACAUCAAGUCUGCAUAAAGAAAUUGAAUUGCUAGAUGAAAAUACAGGUACCAGGGUGUUACCAAUUAAUGUAAAUAAGAAAGCAUUGGGGCAGGAUACCGAGAAGAUGAAAGAACAGAUGCAAUUAUUGAAGGUACUACUUCAAUCUGACAAAUAG